GGGGUCCUGAUGAUUCUGUUCGCGGAAGCUGCGGGCGGAAGUAGCUCGGACGGUGUCGUUUGUGAAAGGAGGGGGAAAACUGCAGGAUUUGACUCAAAAUUCGACCAAAUAGCUGAUUUUCUUUCCCCUCGUCCUUGUCGUCACCGGCGUGAGCAGCAAUGAUCCUGUUAGAAAUCAACAACCGCAUCAUAGAAGAGACGCUGACGCUAAAGUUUGACGGCGCAUCAAACGGAACCAAACCAGAAGCUGUUGAUGUGACUUUUGCAGAUUUUGAUGGGGUCUUGUACCACAUCUCCAACCCCAAUGGGGAUAAGACCAAAGUGAUGGUCAGCAUCUCCCUGAAGUUCUACAAGGAGCUGCAGGAGCACGGAGCUGACGAGCUCCUCAAGAGGGUGUAUGGGAACUUCCUGGUUUCAACAGAAGCCGGCUACAACGUGUCUCUGCUCUACGACCUGGAAGCUCUACCUGCCAACAAAGAGGACGUGGUCCACCAGGCAGGGAUGCUGAAGAGGAACUGCUUCGCCUCUGUGUUCGAGAAGUACUUCAAGUUCCAGGAAGAGGGCAAAGACGGCGAGAAGAGGGCUGUGGUGCACUACCGAGACGACGAGUCCAUGUAUGUAGAAGCCAAAAAAGACCGAGUGACCGUGGUGUUCAGCACCGUGUUCAAAGACGACGACGAUGUCAUUAUCGGGAAGGUCUUCAUGCAGGAGUUCAAGGAGGGCCGGAGAGCCAGCCACACGGCCCCCCAGGUGCUCUUCAGCCACAGGGAGCCUCCUCUGGAGCUGAAGGACACGGACGCUGCCGUCGGGGACAACAUUGGAUACAUCACCUUUGUGCUGUUCCCUCGCCACACCAACGCCAACGCCAGAGACAACACCAUCAACCUCAUCCACACCUUCAGGGACUACCUGCACUACCACAUAAAGUGCUCCAAGGCCUACAUUCACACCCGCAUGAGGGCCAAAACCUCCGAUUUCCUGAAGGUGCUGAACCGGGCUCGACCCGACGCAGAGAAGAAGGAGAUGAAAACCAUAACUGGGAAAACCUUUUCCCGUUAACGCCGGCCCAAAUAUUUGGCAGUGAAGCUCAAGGUGCCGUCGGACUCCAGGACUCCUCCAAACGUUUCCUCCCAGCAGCCUCCAUUCCCUCCUCUGUUUGAAGCUCCAUCAUGUUAACGCCACAUGGAAAAAGGCUCAACAAAAAUGGAAAAAAGGGCAUUUUUUUUGCUUUGCUUAGCUAAAGAGAAUUAUUAGUCAUAAAUAGAUUAUAAAUAUAUAUAUAUAUAUAUAUAUGAACAAAACGAAUGACAUUUUUGAUACGAUAUUCUCCUCCAUUUGGUACUGGCUCGCCCUUCAGCCCUGAGCACUCGGUGUCCAUGUGUCGGAUGAUUUCAGCCCCGUUUCCUCUCUGUGCUUUCAUGUCGUCUGAACUGUUGGUCCAAAAUAAAUCUGAACAAAACGCUG